UCCAGCCAAGGACGACGAUCGCCUCAUCCAUCCAAAUGGCCACGCCUGCUCCAGCCGGCGCCGCCAUGCCCGAGCUCGCCCCGGGGCAGGGAAGAGAAGCCAAGCACGGGCGCGCCGGCGGCGGGCCACGCCAGAGCGCCGGCGCGCGCCUCCUAUCGCUCUCCGUGCAGGCGGCCGUGAUGGCGGCCACGCUCGCGGUCUUCCUCGUCUUUGCCGCCGCGUCCGCCUUACUCCUCCUCGUCCUCGUCCUCGCCGCGCGCGCCUUCCGCCGCCACCACCGCAUCACGUCGCUCGACCUUGCCCCUUCGCCGCCGCCGCCUCUACGCGCGGGGCUCUCGCCCGUCGACAUCCGCCGCCUGCCGAGCUUCGCCUUCCCCUCCACGCGUGGCGGCUCCGGCGACGAGACCGCCGCCGCCUCCCCCUCGUGCGUCGUGUGCCUCGAUGCCGCGCGCGCCGGGGAGCGGUGGCGCGCGAUGCCGGCCUGCACGCACGCGUUCCACGCCGCCUGCGUCGACCGGUGGCUCGCCAGGACGCCUGUCUGCCCCGUCUGCCGCGCCGCCGUCGCCGUCCCGAUAUGAGCUAAGGCCGACGCCGCGAACCUGCCCACGCGUGCCCUUCGUCCUGGUCGUGUAGUCAUGGAGGCCGAUAUGAGCGGUGGCUGUUGUAAAGAAGAAUGCGGGGGAAAGAAAAGAAUGAACCCACGAAACCUUACCAUCGCAGAUACAGUACUUGCUAUUUUGAAUGCCAAAACUCCUCCUUGGAUUGCAACAUGUUACUUGUACAUUACAUGCUGCAUUGGGAUCCAGCAUUAGAAUUGGAUGAUCCAGCAUCAGAAUUGGAUUUGAUGUGAUACUUGUGCUAAUGUGCUGUACAACGAUAUUGUAUCGCAGUGAGGUAGAAAGAUUGGAGAAAUUGUUAGAACUGAUGAUU